AGGAAAGGCGGCGGAGGAGGAGAUGCCGCCAGCCUUCUCCGACGCCGGGGAAACCAGCGCGGGCGUGGUCCCGGAGUCGGUGGAAGGCCUCGACGACGACGACGACGACGACGACAGGCUCUCGAGAGACAAGGCGAGGUGGGCCCUGAGCGAGGAAGUCGCGGAGAGCGACGAGUCCUUGGACUCCUGCGACAGGGACGAGGACGCUACGAGCAGGAAGAGGAGGCCGAGGAGGCCUCCGACGAGUUGCUGAAGCUGCAGGAGCAGCAGCUGCGCGGCGAGCUCAUGGAGCAGUAUCACGGGCUGCUGUCAGAGCGCAACCGGAUCCACCAGUACAACAUCCACCUGCAGCACAAGAUCUCCCAGGCCCUGCGCAAGAAAAAGAGCGCCGAGCCCGGCGUGGAGGUGACGGAGACCGCCCCCGUGGAGCAGGACACCCCCGAGAAGGAGCAGGCCUACCAGCGCUACCUGAGCUCGCUGGAGGAGCUCAAGAAGCAGCACAGCGAGGACGUGGACUGGUACCAGCACGAGCUCGAGCAGCUGCGGCAGCACUGCCUGGAGAAGGUGGCCCAGGUGGAGAAGGAGUGGAAGGCCUUCCAGACCCUCAAGAGGCAGGUGAUGCUGCAGGCCAUGGGCAGCUGCCUGGCGGGCGGGAAGCCGGCCGCCCUGCGCGAGGUGGAGCAGAUCCAGGCCAACGAGGACCGCAAGGAGAAGGAGAUGAGUGCCGCGCGCCUGGAGAACGUGCAGCUGAAGCAGUCCUUGCUGCUUCUGGAGGCCAGGAUGAAGGCGCAGGAGCGGAUGACGGAGGGGCUGCACCUCAUCGACUUCGAGCAGCUCAAGAUAGAGAAUCAGACCUUCAACGAGAAGGUGGAGGAACGCAACGAGGAGCUCUUGAAACUGCACUACAAAGUCACCAGCAACGUCCAGAUAAUCAGCCACGUGAAGGAGAAAUUACAGUUUGUGGAACUGGGGAACUUGCGCCUCAAGUCGGAGCUUAUGGAUGUUGAUGCUCAGGUGGCCCAGAAGAGGGACAUCUUGACCAAGACUAAGAAGGCCAGAGACAGCCUGCGAGUAGAUAAUGUCAAGUUACAUCAGAAGUGUGGACUGCUGGGCAAAGAGGUGCUCCUUCGGGACCUGGAGCAAAAAGUGGACCAGACUGAGUUGCUCAGCCAGCGGCUAGAAACACUUAAGCGUCAGCAUGCUGGGCUGACACUCACUUGCAAAGGACUGAAACAGAAAAUAAAGGAAUCCAAAGCAUUCCUGCCAUCCUGAACAUCAGAAACAACUGAUAUAGAUCUUCAGCAAAACCUUUUCAGUUUUCAUAAGGAACUUAACCUUUAGUGGACUUAUUUUUCAAUAGGUGCCAUUCUUUAACAGGCCUGUGGUAGUUAGGACAAAAAAAAAACACCUAUAUUUAUUGAAAUAUGUAGCUUAAAAUAGAUUAGUGCCAGACACUAAGCGGAGACAACUUAUUUUAAAUGGGUUGAACAUCUUAUCAAUUUAAAACAGGGUCAAAGAAGCCAAGUACUGUGGUUGACUAAAAAUUAUCUCUUGACUGAAGAGUAGAAAUAAAGGACAAGCUAGUUCUGAACAUUUCACCAUUGCAAAUCAUCAGCCACUACAGAAUUUUCAUUUCACUUUGAUGAAAGUACACAGAGAGGACCAGAAACCUCACCUGUGAAAAGAGGCAAGGGGGGGGGGAGGUAGAAGAAUAGAGAAAACUAACUUUACUCCCAUGCAUAAAGUGAAUUAUUAAAUUUUUUCUAAAAUUUUUGAGUCACUCAACUAAGCCCAUUAAGUAAAUAUAAAAUGCCUCUUAAAUUAUUCAUAAAUAUUUUAGAUCUACCAGUCACUUAACUAGUCUAUAAGAUGUAAUUUACAGACAAAAAAAAUUAGCAGAAAAAUGUGUUUCUUUUCCUCAGAUGUACGUUUUCUUCUUGGCCAGGACUACUUCUCUAAACGAUACUGGCAUUAGUCUAAGCCUUAAAUUAGGGCUCCUUUUCUCUUGCAUUCUCUAAAAAAAAAAACUACUGGUCUGUCAAGCAAUUUGAUCAAGGAGGUUAUUUACAAUGGAAAAGAUGGACAAGAAGAAGCAUAGUUUAAUGGAUAAAGUCAGUAUAUUCUGCUUUAAGUAACCUUCUGCACAUUGUCCAGAAAUGUAUAAAGGGGGAAAAAAAUACCUUUUUUUAAAGUAAAGGUUCUCAAAUCUUGACAGCAGGAGCCAAAAUAUUUCUUACUUAAAAAAAAAACCCAUUCUCUAUAUUACAUUACCAGAUGCAUGUUAUAAGCAAUCUAGAAUCAAUGAGAUUGAAUUUAGUUCUUAGACCUCUGGGGGAACUGGAGAUGUCAUGGGAUGGGUUCCCCACUCGUGACCAAGUCAUAUGGAUUAUAUCAAAAGAGAGGUUUGGAAAAUCCUAGUUUAGAGUUAGACUUUUUUGGUCUUGCAAUUUUUGAAUAUUCCUUUUCAUAAUAUCAGAAGCACCCUCUUGGUGGUAUAACUUAUGUUCUAUUUGGAGUUAAUAAAGAUGAAUUGAAACUUCUAACGACUUUCCUUCCAUGCCUUAAAAACAUUUUGUAAUCAUGCCGUUAAUGGAUCGUGCUCUUUUAUUAAUACAAAGUUCAAUAGUUCAUUUCACUGGUAGCUUACUUUGCAUUGCUUCCUACCCACAGUCCCACUUUCUUCUUUCCAGCUUCAUCUGGACCUGAAAAGUGAAAGCCUUUCACAGAAACCAUUCAUUUGCAAACAUUUUUCUUUGUGCCUCAAGGUAUCAAGAUACAUCCAAGCAAGUGAAUUGGCACACAGUGCUGAAUACUACAAAAUGAAACUUACAAUUAAUACUAUGAGUGACCUACUCUGCAGAAGCUGGUACAUGGUAAUAAGGCUGUCCAUUUAUGGAGAAAAUGCAAAAGUAUGAGGACAUGCAUUUUAAGUUGAUUUUUAAUUAACAGUUGUACUUAGCUAUCAGGAAGGACAAUGUAGUAGAUAGAGCAUUGGGCCAGGUCUAAGUUCAACCCUAACUCUACCAAGGUGUGAUUUUGGACAGUCAGUCACCUCAUCUCUUUGAGUUCCUCUGACUGACAUCUACAAAAUGGGGAUCAAACUCUUUGACCUCAGUCAGUUAACAAGUAUUAAUUGGACUCUUACUGUGUGCCAGGC